UCAUUCGUCACUCAUUCAGUCGAAUCCAGACACAGGUACUGUGAACUGCCUUCAGGGUGUCCACGGAAAUGGAUGCUCAUUUCCCUAUACUGAACAUGGGAGAGCCCUGUGUUCAGAUCUUUGAGCAACCCAAACAAAGAGGCAUGCGCUUCAGGUACAAGUGCGAAGGUCGUUCAGCAGGGAGUAUACCUGGAGAAAGAAGUUCUGACAAUAAUAGAACUUAUCCAAGCAUCCAGAUUCUGAACACUUGUGGAAGAGGAAAAGUGCGUGUGUCACUGGUAACCAAAAAUGAACCAUAUAGACCACACCCACAUGACCUGGUGGGGAAAGACUGCAAGGAUGGAUAUUAUGAGGCAGAAUUUGGGCCUGAACGCAGAGUUAUUGCCUUUCAGAACCUGGGUAUCCAGUGUGUCAGGAGAAGAGAAGUCAGAGAUGCCAUAAUGCAGAGAGUGAACCGAGGCCUAAACCCUUUCAAUGUUCCUCGGGAGCAGCUCUUGCAGACGGAGGAAUACGACCUGAACGUGGUGCGUCUAUGUUUCCAGGUCUUUUUGCAAGAUGAGACUGGAUGCUACAGCAUUGCGCUGACACCCAUCAUCUCCAAUCCCAUCUAUGACAACCGUGCCCCAAAUACAGCUGAGUUGCGAAUCUGCCGCGUCAACAAAAACAGUGGCAGUGUGAAGGGUGGCGAUGAGAUCUUCCUGCUUUGUGACAAAGUCCAAAAAGAUGAUAUAGAAGUGCGCUUCUUCACCCAGACCUGGGAGGCCAGAGGCUCCUUCUCCCAGGCAGAUGUGCACAGACAGGUGGCUAUCGUUUUCCGUACUCCUGCCUACUGCGACACCUCCAUCACAUCUCCGGUCACUGUGCACAUGCAGCUGCGCCGCCCCACUGACCAGGAAGUAAGCGAACCCAUGGAGUUUAGGUACCUGCCUGAUGACAAAGAUCCCUAUGGUUGUCGUGAAAAGAAGCGAAAACAUGAGAAUCUAAUGAAGUCCUUCUCCAGUUUCACACCUGGAGCUGCGGGCUCUAUGGGCAGAAAAGCAGUGACGAACCCAAGGAUUAAAAGUGAACCAAAUUCCUAUGUAAAGCCCCCUCAUCAUGGUCUAAUGAGACCACCUCAACAAAUCAUAGGCAACAAUCUCUAUCAGCCCCAGCAUAUGAUGCCAUCCACUUCAGCAUCUCCAGCUGCAUCAUACAAUCAAGGUCAAUGGGUUCCUUCACUUCACUUUAGCCCAGCUAGCAGCAACCCUGGGGCCAGUAAUGGAGUGGGUAUGUCACAGGUUAACCCAGUUAACUCAGUUCCCUCCCUAAACACCACCGGGGAGAGUGGAAACAGCCUCCCCUUACUGACUACAUUGGAUCUGGAGUUUCUUGACACUCCAGGUGCUUCUGCCAACCAGCCUCGGCAGGAGCAGCUAGAGCACAGUGUCCAGCAUUCACAGCAGCCUCUCCACAGGAAGGAAACCAUGCCUGCUGGUGAAAACAUCUGGCCUAACCUUGAGCUCCCACAAGCACCAGGAACACAGAAUGGGCCUGCAAAUACAGGGAUGAUGGGGAUAAAUUACACAUAUUCAAAUAGUCCGGAUGGAAAUGAAAUUUUUAAUCGCCUAGUAGGCCCUUCAACAGGUCUUCAUUUAAAACAAGAGCCUCAAGCGCAAAGUACUUUGGCAAUGUUGGACCCUAACAACUCCACCCUCUUUGAGUGCACACGGUCCUACGCCAUGCUCAACUAUUCACCGACCAGCAGCAGCAAUCAGGAGGCCAUGAGACAUGCAGCCAACGUUGGAGCCAGUGGAUCAGGACAAAGGAACACACAGAACCCAUCCUUCUCCCUCACCAGCAUGGUCCAAGAAGCCACCCUCGAUAACCUCAGCUGGCCCUACAAUCAAUAUGGUGGAGAAUAAGAGAAAAGUUCAACACUGUUUUAAACUAUGGAUAAUAAUAUAUUCUAUGUUGUUUUGAGUGUGAGUACCUGGAACUAUAUUUUUUACUGUUUAAAUAGCUUAGCUUUGGUUGUUGUCUGGAAUAAUCCUUCGUCUUUAGUAUUUAGUUGAGUCAGUGAUGAGGCACUGAGCUUAUGGUUAGAGUGGAUGAUGAUGUAGCUGGAACAGGCAGCCACUGAUCAAUUGCUACAAUAAAUAUUUACUCUAACAGUAAGCUUAUUGGGCCUCCAAAGCCAUUACUGUUGGGCAACACUGUCAUAUUUAAAAAAAAAAAAAAGGCAGCAACAGUUUCAAUGAACAUGUACAUAGAUUUUUGACGAACAUAUUUUGGGAAUUCUGGAAAACCUGUCCAAACUUUCUCAAGUGUGAGGAAGUAAUUCUGUUCUCUGGAACUUGUAGGGACCCUCAGACCCUGUGUAAUGGCUAUGUCAUAUUAAAACACACAUUCUGUCCAAAGUUCUCAAAAUGCUGGGUUAAACCUUAUCAAAAGUAAUUGAAAUUAUGCCUUUAGAACAUGAUUGUUUUCUGAUUAUUUUUACAAAUAUUUACUGGAAAAAGAUGAUUAUAUGUUGAUUGUGCUGUAUGUGUGCUUGUUUCAGCUUCACAGUGAAAUCAAGAUGAUUUUCCUAUCUGUUGCAACUUUUUUGUUUUGUAUUUUUAUACAAUAAAAAGCUUAAUAUUC